AUGAUAAAUCAAAAUAUCCAAACUGAAGUGCAAAGAGAAAUUGGACAAAACGAUGAAAUAUUUAUGGAAAAAAGGAGUACUUGCUACCGAGAUAUGAAUUGCCAGUUUUAUCCAUAUUUUCCAUUUUUAUCGCAUUUUGCACAAAUACAAAUGUCUUGCAAAGUAAAAACACCCAAAGCAUUAACGUUCAACGAUAGCUUUUUUGGAUUUCUUUGUAUAUUUGGAACAACUGAAACAAAUGUAGGACGAGCAAUGACGCUAGCACGAGACACUUUUGUGUCGACUAAAAGUGAGUUGGAUGACAUUUAUAAGUUUUUAAAUUUAGUUGAAGGGAUUGAUGGAUUAUAUGUAGUAAUUAAUUCAGCAUGUAUUGAAGUAACACAAUCAUGCUUUGAUAGUAUAGAUUUAAAAAACUUAAAAUAUAAUUUUAUUUAUGUGGAAUGCUACAAAACAAAUAAUUUUAUCCAUGUAACAUACAAAACAGGUUUAUUAUACAAAAAACUUGAGGAUAACUUAUGGGUUACAGCUAGAGAUUUACAUUAUUGGAUUAAAAAAGUAUAUAAUAUUACUAAAUUAAGCGAUUUAAUUAAAUUCAAAGGUUAUGAAUUUAUUACAAGCUAUAGUGCUGAUAUUAUAAAAUACAGUAAACACAAUGCUUAUCCUAGAAACCUUUUAGCUUUGAAUAAUUUAAAAAAUGCAGUUUUGGCCACAACACCUAGAUUUAAUUUAUUUUUUUGUGAAACCAUAAGUGCUUACACUAAACUAACAUUAAAGCACUAUCCUAUUUUGAUCCCUGAAAAUAAACUAUCCGAAUACUUUACAAUGUUUUUACCAAGGGUAAAUUUAAUGUAUUACUCUUUUAAAGGUUUUACACAGGAAGAUUGCAUUGCAAUGCAUAAUAAAGUUGAAGUGUUUAACUGCUAUCGAUUUUAUACUGUUAAGUUAAAAUUCAAAAAUAAGGCAACUAAGUAUUUUCGUGCAAUUCAAGGACCUCAAAAUCCACAAGAAUUGAAAAGUUUUCUUGGUUGUAUUAUAUGUCCAUCAAGCUCAAUAGAAAUUGCAACACAAACAAUGCACGUCAGUUUCAAAAAGAUUAAUGAACAUGUAAUACAGGUUUAUUUUGAAAAACCCCACUUUCAAGUUAUAAAAUGGUUUAUUUCCGACACUUUUUUAUUUAUCAGUAUUACUAGAUUUCAUAAAUGUAGCUUUGGUGAUAAGCUCUGCAAUUUAAACGGCCAAAAGGGCGUGAUAUGCACUUUUAAUACCUUUCCUCGUUCUAAACAUCACGUAGAACCUGAUUUAAUAAUUAAUCCCUACUCUAUACUUUCAAGACAGACAAUGGGUCAAAUAAAAGAAACAAUUGAUUUAGGCGGAAAGGACUAUGAUGAUCUCAGCAAUAGUGAUGGUAUAUCAGUUCCUGGAACGGCUUUAAUAGGUCCAGUUCAUUACUUUCCAAUAUCUUAUUGGAGUUCUGAACAUAAUUAUAUAGCUACGCAAUGCGUGAGAGACAAAAUUUUAGGACAACCCGUUCGCGGUAGAUCUAGACAUGGUGGUAUGAGAAUUGGAAAUAUGGAGUAUUUUAGUUGCUUUAUGGGUAAUGGAUUAGCCUCAUGUUUUGAGGAAAAAACUGUUGAACACACUGAUAGUAUUAUUUAUAAUGGUAUACUAAUACCAAAAUCUGUUUUGUUAUGCAAAGAAGAUGCUGCAUAUUUUAAAUGUAACAUUUCCUUUGAUUCAAAACCAGUAAUUGAAUAA